UUUUUUUUUUGGUUCACUUAUUCGGUCCACGAUGGAUGGCCCAACACCAACCCUCAAGGAGAGCAUAGCUCCCUCCUUCCAGUCCACUGUCUUCCCAACAGCUCCCUACUCUUCGCGCCCUCCCUCGCCGCCAUACAUCCACGUUCCACCACCCAUGCAUUCCAGCCUCAGCCUGGGCAGCAGUUCAAAGCACGACCGCAACGGCGCGGGCACUCUAGAGGAGGAGGACGACCCCAAUCACGACAGCGACGUCCUCAUGACCAUCCGCCCCUCCCCCUCCGCCGUCCACACGGCCGGCCUCACGCAGCAAGAGCUGUACACCGUCACCCAGGGCCUCCUGCCGCAGUCGGCCCGCGACGGCUCCUCCACAUGGGUCUACGAGUCGCGCCGCCAGGCCCAGCAGGUCCUGUCGUACCUGUACCUCGGCCCGGCCAGCGCCGUCAAGGACCGGGCCUUCCUGGAGCGCGAGGGCAUCACGAUGGUGCUGUGCGCGCGCGACGCCCGCUUCGCCACGGGCACGGGCGGCGAGGGCAUGCUCGUCAGCGGGGUGCGCCGGGCCGUCGAGGGGAUGGGCGUCGAGGUGGAGGGCAUCGACGUCGCCGACGGGCGGGAGCUGGUCGGCGCGUUCCCCGUCGCGGCCGCCAAGGUGAACCAGCACCUGCUCGCGGUGGCCGCCGCCCGGGAGGGGGUUGGCGCCGGCGCCGGCGCCGGCGCCGAGAGGCCCGGCAGGGUGCUGGUCGUGUGCGAGACGGGCAACGACCGGUCCGCGGCCGUGGUGGCGGCGUACCUGAUGGCCAUGUACGGGCUCGACACGGUGCAGGCGGUGCAGUUCAUGCAGCUGAAGCGCUUCUGCGUCGCCCUCGGGGACGACUUCAGGUUUCAGCUCCAGACGUACGGCGACAUACUCCGGGCGAGGGGCGACGUCGGGGCAACCGGGGGGCAGCAUCAUCAUCACCAGCAGCAGCAGCAGCAGCAGGGCCCGGCCCAGCCGGGAGAGGCUGGUAACAGGGCGCCCGGGACCGCUGCCAAGCGGAGGAUCGAGCAGACCAUGGGAGAGACGGACGAGGGAGGGGAGGGCGACAUGUCGAUGGAGAUAGAUGACGAGCGGUACGAGGGUAGAAGCUUCGCGCCGUUUGUGGAUCGCAGCUAUUGAUGGAGGGCACGGCAUGAGUGGGCUGGAGUUGUUGGGAUGAAUGGCAAGGGUGAUUUGGUAUUAUCGCGACUGGGGAUUGAUAUCUGCUCAUCAUCAUUUUCUUGUUUGGAGGCGGGAGCCGCAGAUUGAGCGGCCGAGUUGGCGGGCGUUGGCUCUUUUCUUUUUUUUUUUUCUUGACUUAUACCCCCGAUCAAGCAAGCCUCUUUAGGGCUGUG